AUGGCUAUUGUCGAUCCAUAUUACAAAUUUAUCUGUGUAGACAUCGGUGGUUUUGGAAAAAAUAGCGAUGGCGGAAUUUUUGAGGCCUCUAACAUGGGUCAAAGGUUUGAAGCAAAUCUUAUUAAUGUUCCGAAUCAUACACCAUUACCAGGGCAAAAUGAACCUUGUCCUCAUGUUUUGAUUGGAGAUGAAGCGUUUGCCCUUAAACCUUAUCUUAUGAGACCUUUUCCAUAUCGGCAAUCAAAACUUUGUCCUCGUAAGGAAAAUUACAACGUUCGGUUAUGUAGAGCACGAAGGGUUGUAGAAAAUGCUUUCGGGAUACUAUCCCAGAAAUGGAGGAUAUUUUUGAAACCAAUUACAACUAAAGUUGAAACAACAAUACUUAUUAUCAAAACAGCAUGCGUUCUGCAUAAUUUCCUACGAGUGACACAAUGCGAUAAUCCUUCCAAUGUUUUGUCAAAAGAAGUAAACCAAACCAACCACGAAAAUGUUUUUACUGCUAUGUUAAAUGAUUCAAGACGGGCAACAAACAUUGCCUUUAAUGUCCGAGAGAAGUUUGUUGCUUAUUGUAACCCAUAA